AUGACUUCGGCCAAACCAUUGCUAUCUUCGUCUGAGCAGUCAAGCCUAUACUCUUGUUCGAAUUUCAGUGAUAACAGUGACAGUAUCACAUUAUCAGCCACUCCUCCUUUGGUUUCUACUCAUACAACAGAAGAUAGUUUGUAUCCUUUGGCAGAAGAAGAAGAGUUUGAAAGCUUAGACUAUCGUAUACCCCCUAGGGCUGCCACCACAGUUGCAAAUAGCUUUCCCCAUAACAUUACUUCUGGCCCAGCUUUUGUUAAGCAGCGGGGCAAGGGGUUCCAUUCUGCCGAGCUUCGGUUCCACCAGGAAUUUCGACUGGAAUGUCCUCCAAGAGAGAGGAAACGCCUGGUAUCGUGGGGUGGAGUCAUGGAUCCUCACCAUGAUAUUGUUUCCUUUGAAGUUUCUAAAGCCCGGAUGCAAGCACAGACUUCAUCAGCCGGGGCUUCAUCUCGGGUUCAGGAUAAGUUGAAUAAAUCUCAGAGGGUCAGACACAAGAGCAUGCAAUUGGAAGAUGAGUUACUGCAUGAAGAUAACCCCAGGUUGAUCCACAUAAAUGAUCCGAAGAAGACUAAUGAUAAGUUUGACUUUUCGGGUAAUGAGAUCCGAACCAGCAAAUACACGAUUUUAAACUUUUUGCCCAAGAACAUCUUUAUUCAGUUCCACCGGGUUGCGUACUUGUACUUCUUAGCCAUUGCUGCCCUCAACCAGCUUCCUCCUCUUGCAGUCUUUGGAAGAACAGUGUCUCUUUUCCCUCUCCUUUUUGUGCUUUCCGUGACUGCUAUUAAAGAUGGUUACGAGGACUGGCGAAGGCACAGAUCGGACAGAAAUGAAAAUAAUCGGGAGAGUCUAGUGCUCCAAGAUGGGGAAUAUCAACUCAAGAGAUGGAAAAAGAUGCAGGCUGGUGAGGUGGUGAAGAUCCUUGCCGAUGAGACCAUUCCAUGUGAUAUAGUGUUACUUGGGACUAGUGAUCCUAGUGGAAUUGCUUACAUACAAACUAUGAACUUGGAUGGUGAGUCCAACUUAAAAACAAGGUAUGCUAGGCAAGAAACAAAUAGGUUUGUCCUUGAAGGAAGCACUAUUUCGGGGGUGAUUAGAUGUGAACAACCAAACAGGAAUAUCUACGAGUUCACUGCCAACAUGGAAAUAAAAGGGCACAGGUUUCCAUUGAGCCAAUCUAACAUCAUAUUACGUGGUUGUCAGCUGAAGAACACGGAUUGGGCAAUUGGUGUGAUAGUUUAUGCCGGACAGGAAACUAAAGCUAUGCUAAAUAGUGCGGCAUCUCCGUCUAAACGGAGUCGGUUGGAGGCCUACAUGAAUAGGGAGACAUUAUGGUUGUCUGUGUUUCUGUUGGCCAUGUGCUCAGUUGUAGCAUUGGGAAUGGGUCUUUGGCUUAAGCGGCAUGAGGACCAGCUUGAUACAUUGCCUUAUUUCCGGAAAACUUAUUCUGGUGUCGGAAAGGUCCCUGGCAAGCGGUACAAGUUUUAUGGGAUACCAAUGGAGGUCUUCUUCUCCUUUCUGAGUUCUAUAAUUGUUUUCCAGAUAAUGAUACCAAUAUCAUUAUACAUCACCAUGGAACUGGUCAGGUUAGGACAGUCGUAUUUCAUGAUCGGAGAUAGGCAUAUGUAUGAUAGUAGCUCGGGCUCGAGGUUUCAAUGCAGGUCCUUAAAUAUUAAUGAGGACUUGGGCCAGAUACGUUAUGUGUUUUCUGACAAGACUGGAACACUGACUGAAAAUAAGAUGGAAUUUAGAAGGGCAAGUGUGUGUGGAAGAAGUUAUGGCAAGGCCAUGUCCGCAACUGAGGUUUUGGAGGAAACGGUUGUCGGAGCGGAACUGAAAGGAGAUGCUCCACAAAGAAGGUGGAAGCUGAAAUCAGAAAUUGCUGCUGAUAUUGAACUAAUGCAGUUGUUACUGAAAGAGGUGCCUAGCGAGGAAAGAACACUUGCGCAUGAAUUUUUCUUAACGCUAGCCGCGUGCAAUACUGUCAUUCCUAUUAUCCCUCAUACGAGCACGUCUUCAGGGGAUGUGGGAUGUGAUGGUGCUGUUGCCAUUGAAUAUCAGGGUGAAUCACCUGAUGAACAAGCUCUGGUUGCUGCUGCUUCUACAUAUGGUUACACUCUUUUUGAGAGGACAUCCGGGCAUAUUGUGAUUGAUGUCAAUGGUGAGAAAUUAAGGUUGGAUGUUCUGGGUCUGCAUGAGUUUGAUAGUGUACGUAAAAGAAUGUCUGUUGUUAUCAGAUUCCCAAAUAAUGAUGUUAAAGUACUGGUCAAAGGGGCUGAUACUUCGAUGUUCAGCAUCGUAAAGAAAGACGAUGCAAGAAAUGAUCACAUAAGACAUGCAACUCAGGGUCAUUUGUCUGAGUAUUCAGCUGAAGGUUUACGUACUCUGGUUGUUGCUUCAAGAAAUCUAAGCGGUGUAGAACUCGAGGAGUGGCAAUGCAUGUAUCAAGAUGCUAGCACAUCAUUGACUGACCGAACAUUAAAGUUGCGCCAAACUGCUUCUUUCAUCGAAUGUAACUUGACGCUUCUCGGUGCAACUGCAAUUGAGGACAAGCUACAAGAAGGCGUUCCUGAAGCUAUUGAGUCUCUUCGACAAGCAGGAAUCAAAGUAUGGGUGCUUACUGGGGAUAAGCAAGAGACAGCAAUCUCUAUCGGUCUUUCUUGUAAACUCUUGACCGCGGAUAUGCAACAGAUUAUUAUAAACGGAAAUUCCGAAAGUGAAUGCAGAAGGCUCCUUAUUGAAGCAAAGACCAAGUAUGGUAUCAAAUGCAGUAGCCAGGAUUUGAAGUGGACUAGAGAUGCUGAGAAAGAUUAUCUCGAGAUCCCUGUUGACAUAAAGCUUCCCAACUCCACCCAACAACAUUCUGAAGAAGCAUCUUUAGUUGCACCUUUGGCACUUAUAAUUGAUGGGAGUAGCCUGGUGUAUAUAUUGGAGAAGGAUCUGGAAUCUGAGUUAUUCGAUAUUGCAACUGCAUGCAAGGUUGUUCUUUGCUGUCGUGUUGCACCCCUGCAGAAGGCUGGAAUAGUUGACUUGAUUAAAAGCCGCACUGACGACAUGACUCUUGCAAUAGGUGAUGGGGCGAAUGAUGUUUCCAUGAUCCAAAUGGCGGAUGUUGGGGUUGGAAUAUGUGGUCAGGAAGGCCGUCAAGCCGUCAUGGCGUCAGAUUUUGCUAUGGGACAGUUUCAGUUUUUGAAGCGUUUGCUUUUGGUGCAUGGUCAUUGGAAUUAUCAUAGGAUGGGCUACUUGAUACUUUACAAUUUCUACCGAAAUGCUGUUUUUGUGAUGAUGCUUUUCUGGUACGUCUUGUGCGCUGCCUUUUCUACUACUUCAGCCUUGACAGAAUGGAGCAGCGUAUUUUACUCUGUCAUCUAUACGUCUUUGCCCACCAUUGUUGUUGGUAUUCUUGAUAAGGAUUUAAGUUGUAAGACCCUGCUCCAUUAUCCAAAACUAUAUGCUUCGGGUUACCGUCAGGAGAGUUACAAUAUGCGUCUUUUUUGGGUCACAAUGAUAGACACCCUAUGGCAGAGCCUUGUCCUUUUUUAUGUUCCUUUGUUCACGUACCGGGACAGCACUAUUGAUAUUUGGAGUAUCGGCAGUUUGUGGACCGUUGCGGUUGUGAUCAUCGUGAAUAUUCACUUGGCUAUGGAUAUUCAACGAUGGGUGUUGUACACUCACCUUUCCGUCUGGGGAUCAAUAAUAAUAACUUACGGCUGUGUUGUGAUUAUUGAUUCUGUACCUUCCAUCCCUAACUACGGCUUCCUUCCAGUUGCUUAUGUGGCUUCUCCUGACAACACGGAAGAAAAGGUGAUCAACCAAGUUCAUUAUCAUAGGAGUAGCGGGACACUUGUUUUGCCACAUGACAGCGUGCGGAAAGCUGGUGGGAAGCCAUUGAAGAGGGCAUUUGGAAGGCCAACUUCUAACAUUUACCAGGGCGGGUUGUUUUAUACACACGUAUUUGAUGAGAAGAAGGAAGGGAACACUGUGGUGAAUGAGCUUUUCUGUUGGGUACUGGAGGGGGAUUGGGAAUGA